AUGUCAAACACCAAGCGGAUAGAGAAAUGGGAAAUCGACCGAUAUUGGGAGAUCUUCUCCUCGCUGGUCCAGCAGCCUGCCACACCCUCUUCGCGGCUGACAAACCAAGCCGCAGCCAAUGUCCUCCGGAACUCGCAGCUACGGGAUGACCAGCUCGAGCGUGUAUGGGAUCUCGCGGAUGUCGAUGGAGAUGGCGAGCUGGACUUUGAGGAGUUCUGCGUCGCCAUGCGACUCAUCUUUGAUCUCGUCAACGGCGAAUACCAGGACGUGCCACCCAGCCUGCCUGACUGGCUCAUUCCAGAGUCCAAAGCUCACCUGGUUCAGGCAAACCGGGCCCUGACUGGCCACCAAGGAGCGCAGUUUGAGAGGAUUGAGGAUGACGAGGAAGACGCUGGAUUGAAAGACGGCUUCGAUUGGUACAUGAAUCCUGGCGACAAGCGAAAGUACGAGGAGAUCUACUCGGCAAACAAAGACAGGAGGGGGGAGAUCAGCUUCGAAAGCCUGCACACACUCUACUCCAGUCUGGACGUGCCAGAUACGGACGUGCGGAGCGCGUGGAACCUCGUCAAUACGAGUGGUCGAGAUACCAUCUCGAAAGACGCCUGUCUCGCGUUCUUGCAUAUCCUCAAUUACCGUCAUGAGGGAUUUCGGAUACCGCGAACUGUACCACCCAGCCUGCGGGCAAGCUUUGAAGGAAACAAGAUUGAAUAUCAGAUCGACAAUGUCAGAAAUAGACCGAACAAGUACGAUGAGGACACAUCUACAGGGCGAAAAGCCAAAUUCGGAGAUGCUUAUCUGAGCCGUAUUGGCGGGAAAGGCGGCUCUGCUUACCAGCCCAAAGGCACCGACUUCUCGGACGUGGUUGAGGACGAGGACCUGGAGAAAGUCAGACUUCUCCGCGAGCUACGCGAGCUGGAAUCCCAGCAUGAUGCCGCAAUCGCGGCCUCGGAACGAAGACGAAAGCAGAGAUCGGAGAACGGAGGUCCUAGACAACCAGGAAAAACAAAUUGGACGCUGGUCAAGCGCGAGGCGCAGCAAAUGCUGGAGUACAAGCAACGACAGUACGUCGAGCUCAACUCGGAGAAUGGGAAGAAAUCAGGCGGUGAUCUGAAGAGACUGAGGGAUGAUCUUGCAUUGGUGGCGGAGCAAAUAGACGGUCUCGAGUCGCACUUGCGGAAACGGGAGGCAGAACUGGAAAACCUUCGUCGGGAGAUUGAGAACGAGAAGGCGAGCAGAUGA